AUGGAAGCAAAGACCGUUCGUUUGGUGGUUGUAGGCGAUGGUGCAGUGGGUAAAACUUGUUUAUUGCAUGUGUUUGCUAAAGGAGAAUUCCCCGAGAAGUACAUUCCAACUAUAUUUGACAAUUAUUCUUCCGAGAUUGAGGUGAAUAAUGAGACUAUUAACUUUUUGUUGAUGGAUACUGCUGGACAGGAAGACUAUGAUCAUAUUCGACCUCUUUCCUAUCCAGACGCAAACGUGUUUUUACUAUGUUUUUCAGUUGAUAGUCCCACUUCUUUGGACAACAUUAAGAACAAGUGGGUACCGGAAGUUAGGAAGCAUCGACCAAAUUGCCCAUUAGUUCUUGUGGGAACAAAGGCAGACAUCAGAGAAGACAAAUCGGCAGUUGCCAAACUCAAAGAUCAAGGAACUGAAAUCGUGUCCAAAGAAAUGGCUGAGCAAGUGGCAAAGGCUAUUAAAGCGGUCAAAUACAUGGAAUGCAGCGCAAUGAAAAACAAUGGUGUGAAAGAAGUAUUCGAGGAAGCUCUCUACAAUGGUUUGUAUCCUCCUGAAGUCAAAACAGAGAAGAAGAAAAAUUCUUGCUUGAUCCUUUAG